GGGCAGAUACAUAGAUUCCCCUUUCUCUUCACGAAAAGGAAACUGGGUAGUGUUUCAUUCCUUUGUUUCUGUUUUUAGUCAAUAUAGUUACAUGGGUUUAGUCUCUCCUGGCUUAUUUAGUUUAGUUUCUCUUUUUUUAUGAUCCCAUUUCUUUUUUUUUCCCCGUCAAAAUUAUUGCUUUCCAUCUCUGCUCCCCCGUUUCUUUUCCAACAACUUUCAAUUGUCAAAAUUCUUGGCUCGUCUUAAUGUACUUACGGUAUUAGAAGGUGUUCUUGGUAAAUUUGCAAACUUUUGGGGGUAUGUUGAUGCUAAUUGAUUAUAAACUAAUCCUUGGUUUGAAAUACGUGCUUAAUGUUGGAAAUUAGAUGUUGAAAUGAAAUUAUGGGAUGGGUAGGGUUAAGCUAAAGAUUAAGAAAUUGGAGAAUACAAAUGGACGCCAAGCGACCUUUGCCAAGAGGAAACAUGGCAUCAUGAAGAAGGCUAAUGAGUUAUCAAUACUAUGUGACAUAGACAUCAUCCUUCUCAUGUUCUCACCAACUGGCAAGCCCUCGUUGUGUAAAGGAUCAAGCAGUAGCAUUGAAGAAGUAAUUACGAAAUUCGCUCAGUUAACACCUCAAGAGAGGGCGAAGAGGAAGUUAGAGAGCCUCGAAGCACUGAAGAAAACUUUUAAGAAGCUGGACCAUGAUGUUAAUAUACCAGAAUUUCUGGGUACAAGUUCUCAAACAAUAGAGGACCUGACUAGCCAAUCUAGACUGCUGCAGAAUCAACUAUCUGAUGUGCAUAAGAGACUGAGCUACUGGACCAAUCCAGAUAAGAUCAACAGCAUAGAGCAUUUGGGGCAAUUGGAAAAUUCACUCAGGGAAUCACUUAAUCAGAUUCGAUCGCAUAAGGAAAACUUGGGAAAACAGCAUCUCAUGUCACUAGAAUGCCACACUCAGUUUCAAAAUGGGAUGCAUGUGCCUUUCAGAAUGGGUGCAGAGCAGCAGCUCUCACCUCUUCUGUGGAUACCUAAUAAUGACAGUCAACAUAUUAUGUUACCAGAGGAACAAAAUCUGCUUCCCCAUGGGGAUGCUGAGUGCACUGCAAGCACCUCUUUUGGGAGUUAUUCUGGUUACUUUGGUGCAGGAAAACAUUCUGAGCUAUCUAGUUCUGGUCAAGAAAGUGGUAUGAAUGGUAUUCUUGAUGAGUUAAAUGGAACUGCAUCACUGAGGCUACAGUUGGCUGGACAGUACCCUUACCUGCCAGGGCCAUAUAAUCUGAAUUCAAUGAACGAUACAAAAUUUCAACCUGCAGCAGAGAUGAACAUACAAAAAAGCCCUGGGGAUUUUAAUGUUGGUGGAAGUUUUGAAGCUCCCAAACCUGAGUAUGACUCCGGCCCUCAUGGCUGGGCUUCUACUUCAGGAUCAUGUGCUGUUACUAUGUUUGAUGAUCAUUUGUAUGCUCAGCAACCACACUGAGAUUGAGUUUUACUUACUGUUCAGCUGGUGUUCAGUUGCUGGACAGCUUGGUCAGGUUUGUGAAAUUACCUGUCCUCCAGAUGACACUGUUGGGAUUUACUGUAUAGGUUUUAAGCUAUGCAAUGGCGAAGAGAAGCCAGAGAAAUACAUAUAUCUAUACAGCUCGACAACAGCAUAGGAAUUCACUGAUGUUGGUAACUCGUUAGGAAGAGUGGUGCUGAUUCCAUCAAGUGAGACACCAUUUACAAUCUUCUGUAUACAAGCUGUAGGUUUUACUGAAGUUACUAUACUUCCCCGGCCUAAACUCUGGUGACAGGGUCACGGAGGGCAGGCGGGCUACUGCCCUCCAUCCUGCGUUAGGGUGCCAUGGGCUGUGUAUUAAAACCAAUACAGCACAGGUUGUCUUUUUAUUUUUUUUAUUUUUCCAAGGAAAGCAAUGCUUGCAAUUUAAAACCACUUUUGUGAAUCGAGUUCUGUAAGCAGUUUGAUACCAAUUUUUAUUCGUAAAUAUUCUGAUAUUGAUUUUCC